CCCCCUCCGCUGAGUCCUCCGGGCUGGUCGGGGGUAGGGUUGGGGGAGGGGGUACCGGAUUUACCGGACUCCACCUGUCACGAUCUCUGCGCUGUUCAUCUGCGCGUGCACGCAUGCGCGUCUGGUUGGGGGGACGGGCGCGCGCAGACACGAACGACAUGGAGCUGACCGAACCGGUUCUGGAGCAGGAAACCGACAAGCCUGCUGCGCGCUCUCGCCGCCUCCUCCAUGGUUAGACUGGGGCGUUCAGAGGAGGAAGCAGCCGUGUCCGUCCCGGAGGACGCUUUUCCCCGCAGCCGACCGGACCGCCGCGGAGCAGCAUGUCCAGAGCGUCGCAGAGCCGCACGCCCACCCGGGCGGCGGAGAGCGUGGUGGAGGUCAAGAGCAAAUUUGACGCAGAAUAUCGCCGGUUUGGUUUGAAGAGGAGUGGACCGGGAAACUUCCAGGAGUUCUACCGCUUCCUCCAGAACAUCCACCACAUCCGUGGGAUGGAUGUGCUGCUGGGCUACGCAGACAUCCACGGGGACCUCCUGCCCAUCAACAACGACGAGAACUUCUACAAAGCUGUGUCCUCUGCCAAUCCACUGCUGCGGAUUGUCAUAUCCAAGAAAGAGGAUGACUCUUCGGUUUUUGCCACCAACUCUCUCCAGAGGCGCAAAAAGGGGCUGGCCCUAACAGGACUGAACCCAGGCGCCACACACCCCAGGGGCAAAUCUGGCCCCCUUAUUGGUCCGCCACAGAACUUCAGACAGAUCUCCUCCAUCAUCGAUGUGGACAUCCUGCCGGAGGCGUACAGAAGGGUGCGGCUGCACAAGCACGGCACCAACAAGCCUCUGGGCUUCUACAUCCGAGAUGGUGUGAGCAUGCGGGUAACCGCUCAGGGGGUGGAGAAGGCUCCAGGGGUGUUUAUAUCCCGCGUGGUGCGGGGGGGGCUCGCUGAAAGCACGGGGCUUCUGGCCGUGAACGAUGAAAUCCUCGAGGUCAACGGCAUUGAUGUGGCGGGAAAAUCUCUGGAUCAGGUUACAGCUAUGAUGGUGGCCAACAGCCACAACCUCAUUGUGACGGUAAAACCGGCCAAUCAGAGGAACAACGUGAACCGCGCCAGCAAAAGCUCGAUGGGCAAUACUGGCUCUGUGGGCUCAGCUGGCUCCAUUGGCUCUGCUUUGUCACAUGACUCUCCAAGCCCCGCCUCUCAGAGCAACCCCAUCACUGCCAGCAGCAGCCUGGCUGAGGGCGACAGUGAUGAAGACGAUGACGAGGGAGACAUCAUCCUGGAGAGCGACAGCCUGAACCCCUACAUUAGAGACGGCGCUAGGAACGGCGCCGCUGCAGCCGCCGCAGGAAGGCCCUUCCCUCAGAGCGUCUCCAUGCCCAACAGCAUGGGAGCGUCGCUCAGCAACAGCACCUCCUACAGCCAGGACAGGAACUACAACCACGCAGGCAGCAGUGGAAGGGAGAGGAUGAGAGAGGACGGAACCAUGAUAACACUGUGACAACGGUCACUAUGACGACAGACUAAACAAUGAAGGCUACUGUUACGGAAAACUAGAGUUUGAGCACAACAUCUGCAGACGUCUGGGAUCAACAGCGGUGUCAGAGCUGCUUCCUGCAGGUUUGUUGCCUAAUGCAUGCCGGUGUGUGCACGAGCGUGCACGUGUGCAGCUCUGACUCCUUCUGCGUGCCAGCUGACCUUCAGCCCCUAAAACUGACCUCAGACCAGCAGGAGGCUGCAGCAGAGGCUGCUCAUCGCGAAGCUCCAUGUGCAGAAAUGACCCGAACGCCAUCCUCAGGUUUGAAGGCUGCAGGGGGCGGGGCUGCACACGCUCUGACUCACACCGGGAUAUUUUGUCCAACAUUUUUAAUUUCUAGAGCAUAUAUCCUAAAUAUUCUUCAUUUUAUAAUAAGCAUAAGAACAUCUGUCAAUGGAAGAAAGGAACAUUCACCAGAUUUCAGACAUUUUAAGGACAGUUCAGCGGGAGGGAAAUCUCACCUGUUGAGCCACUGCAGACAAAAGAGCAGGUGAGAGUGUUUGCAGGCGAGUCCAGCUGCCUGUGGCUGUGGAGUCUGCAGAGCUGAGGACGGGUCAUGAAGCACCUGGUUCAGUUCACCUGUUUCACCUGUAACAUGAUGUAGCUCCGAAUCAUUGUUUUCAACCUCUGCUGAAUAAACGGGACGAUGAAGGACGACUUUAG